AAGAAAACGGGGGUUAAGGGCAGGGCCUGCAGUCCCCCUCCGCGGCCGCGCCUCGCCGCGGUUUACAGCCUGUCGUUAGGGAUUGCUACCGUUGGUCAAGUCGCGCUGAGGAGACGAGGGCAGGAGGGGCGGUGGGCUGUGGGAUGAUGGAGGCGGGCGGCGCGGGCGCGGGAGCGGGAGGAAGGGACGAGAGGGUACCGCAGUGGGGCGCGCAGGAGACGCGGGAGCUAAUCAUGGCGCGCGGGGAGAUGGAGCGGGAGACCGUCGCGGCGCGCCGCAGCGCCAAGACGAUGUGGGAGGCCGUCGCCGCGCGCCUCCGGGAGCGAGGCUACCGACGAACCGCCGAGCAGUGCAAGUGCAAGUGGAAGAACCUCGUCAACCGCUACAAGGGGAAAGAAACUUCAGAUCCAGAAAAUGGUAGGCAGUGUCCCUUCUUUGAAGAGCUGCAUGGUGUCUUCACAGAGCGUGCUAGAAAUAUGCAGCAACAACUCCUUGAGUCUGAAUCUGGAGUUUCUGUCAAAACGAAACUGAAGCGACCUGGUGGUGACUGGUCAUCUCGGGAGUCUGACGACAAGGAAGAUGAUGGUGAAGAAAGUGACGAUGAGAAGCCGAUGCACAACAGAAAGAGGAAAGCUGAUGACAAGAAACAGCAACAUCAAAGAAUGUCUGAGAAGUCAAGAACAGGAAUUUCGAGCAUCCAUGAACUGCUGCAGGAUUUCCUGGUGCAGCAACAGCACAUUGAUGUCCGGUGGCGGGAGAUGAUCGAGAGACGUGCCCAGGAGCGGGUGGUUUUCGAACAACAAUGGCGGCUGACAAUGCAGAGGCUGGAGCAGGAGCGGUUGUUGCUGGAACACUCGUGGAUGGAACGGGAGGAGCGAAGAAGGAUGAAAGAAGAAGCACGAGCUGAAAAAAGGGAUGCACUCCUGACCACUCUGUUGAACAAACUCCUGCAGGAAGAUCUAUAGCAGGAUAAGCUUGCUCUUCGUUUCAUCAGGGUUUAGCUGCAGAAGUGGACAUUUUCUCACCUUGUUUUAUCAAUUCUUUGUAGCUACUACAUUUAUUGACAUGUGAUUUGUCAAUUUCUUUCAGCAUCUGUAUUAGGUUCCUAGGGCUCUUUUUUCCAGUUAUUUAGUAGAGCAAAGCUAAUUUUAUGCUUAAUUGUGGUUGUAAGUAUCAUACUGCCAAGUAGGUCUACAGACCAAUGCUAAUAUGCUUGAGAGAUAAUUGGUUUCUCUGUCAGCAAUGGACAGAAGUUUAUG